AUGGAGUUCCAACUUGUCUUGCUAGUUCUGUUUGCUGUGUCACAUUCUUUACUCGAUGUUGCUUCUGAUUCUAGUGAAGAAGCACAUGCUCUUAUCAUAUGGAAAGCCAGUCUUGAAAACUGGAACCGAUCUCUCUUGCUAUCCUGGACCCUUUCUCCUGCAAAUGCGACCGAAAUUAGCCCAUGUAGUUGGUCAGGAAUUUCUUGCAAUCAUAAGGGAAAUAUCAAAAGUAUUCAGCUCAUUAAUACAAGCUUAGAAGGUAAGCUUCACUCAUUUUUGUUCUCUUCGUUUCCGCAUCUUGCUUAUCUUGAUCUUAGCAGUAACCACCUCUUUGGUACCAUUCCACCUCAAAUUGGAAACCUCUCCAAACUCCAGUACCUUGAUUUGUCGAAUAAUCAGUUUUCUGGGAAAAUCCCACCAGAAAUUGGCCUCCUGUUAAAUUUGGAGGUCUUUCAUCUAGCUGAGAAUCAAUUAAAUGGCUCCAUUCCUAAGGAGGUAGGAAAUUUGAAGUUCCUUUCCCAUCUAUGGUUAAGCAAAAAUCAACUUACUGGCAUUAUUCCUCCCACCCUGGGUAAUUUGAGCAACAUAAAAGUUUUGCUUCUUCGAAACAAUAAACUUUCUGGUCACAUUCCCCAUGAGAUAGGAUACUUAAAAUCUCUUUCUACUCUCGGGUUGAGCUUAAACAGACUGAUUGGCUUCGUUCCUAGUUCUUUUGGUAAUCUGAGUAACUUAGUAUUGUUAUAUCUCCGUGGUAACGAGCUUUCCGGUUCCAUUCCUCAAGAAAUCGGAAAUUUGACGAAGUUGGUUAAACUUUUGUUGUUUGAUAACCAUUUCACUGGCUUUUUGCCGCAAAAUAUUUGCCAAACUAGAGUACUAGAAAACUUUUCUGUUCGUGACAACAAUUUUGUAGGUCCAAUCCCAAAAAGCCUACGAAAUUGCACAAGCCUGGUUAGAGCCCGCUUUGAAAAUAACCAGCUGAAUGGAAAUAUAUCUGAAGAUUUUGGCAUGUAUCCUAAUAUUGAGUUAUUAGAUCUCAGCAACAAUAAAUUUUACGGUGAAAUCUUAUCUAUUUGGGCAAAGUGUCCACAAUUGGGCACCCUAAAGAUUGCAGGAAAUCACAUUACAGGGAGCAUACCGCCUGAAAUGGGAGACGCACCUCAGCUACAUGAACUUGAUUUUUCUCGGAAUCAUUUAGUUGGAGAGAUUCCAAAAGAGCUUGGCAAGUUGACUUCUCUAACUAACUUGACAUUGAAUGGAAAUCAGCUUUCUGGUGGUAUACCUGUUGAACUUGGAUUGCUUACCGAACUUGAGUACCUUGAUUUAUCCGCAAAUAAAUUGAGUAACUCAAUCCCUGGAAGUUUAGCUUCCUUAUUGAAAUUGCAUUACUUGAACUUGGGAAGCAAUCAAUUUAGCCAAGAAAUUCCAGGUCAGUUGGGGAAUCUAACUCAUCUAUCUGAGCUCGAUUUGAGUAACAACUUGCUGAGAGGAGAGAUAUCAUCACAAAUCUGCAAUCUAGAAAGCGUGGAGAAGUUAAAUCUCUCCCACAAUAAUCUCCUUGGUUUCAUACCACAUUGUUUCCAAGAAAUGAAUGGUUUGUCAAGCAUUGACAUAUCUGAUAAUGAUUUACAGGGUCCAGUUCCUAACACCAAAGUAUUCCGAGAUGCUCCUGCAGAAACAUUACAAGGGAACAGAGGACUGUGUGGUAAUGCUAGUGGAUUGAAACCUUGCAAAUCCGUCACACCAAAAAAACAAGUUUUAGGAAAAGGGGAGAUUAUCCUUUUUGCAGUUGGAGCAAUUGCCUUAUCAAUUGUGGGGAUUGGAAUCUGUAGUUUUCUUAGAAAGAAGACAGACUCAGAAAAAGAAAGAGGUGAAUUGUCAACUUCUGAUGGAAUGGCAUAUGAAGAUAUCAUAAGGGCAACUAAUAACUUUGAUGUUGCGAAUUGUAUUGGAGAAGGUGGAUCUGGAAUUGUUUACAAAGCAGAGUUGCCGUCGGGGGAUGUUAGAGCGGUAAAAAAAAUGCACUCUCUCUAUACUGAUCAGUUAUCGAAUCGAAAAGAGUUCUUCAAUGAAAUAAAGGCAUUAACAGAGUUACGACAUCGAAACAUCGUCAAAUUUUAUGGGUUUUGUUCAUAUACUCGAUAUUCAAUUUUAGUAUAUGAGUACCUUGAAAGAGGUAGCUUGGCCGACAUCUUGAAGAGCACUAAUACAGCCGUAGAACUAGAUUGGAGGAAGAGAAUAAAUGUUAUAAAAGGAGUAGCACAUGCAUUAUCUUACAUGCAUCAUGAUUGUUGCCCACCAGUUGUCCAUCGAGACAUAUCAAGCAAGAAUGUGAUAUUGGAUCAAGAAUAUGAAGCUCAUGUUUCAGACUUUGGAACUGCCAAGUUUCUCAAACAAGAGUCAUCAAACUGGAGUGAGCUUGCUGGCACAUAUGGAUAUAUUGCACCAGAGUUUGCUUACACGAGGAAGAUAACCGAAAAGUGCGAUGUGUAUAGCUUUGGAGUUUUAACAUUGGAAGUGAUCAAAGGGAAUCAUCCAGGAGAUUUUCUUUCCUUAUUUUCAUCUAAUGUGCCUCCCAAUAUGCCUAUACAGCUUAGUGAUGUGUUAGACUCUAGGCUUCCAGCACCAUCGCUUGAAGUUCAGGACAAGCUGAAAUGUAUCCUGGAGGUGGCCCUUUUAUGCUUAGACAAGAAUCCAGAAUUUAGACCUACUAUGCGGAUAGUGAGUGAGCACCAUAUAUAUUAG